CCGAGCCGGGCCGGGAGCAGCCGGGCCGGGGGCGGCCGAGCCGGGCCGUCGGGGAACCGCCCGGGAGCCGCCGGAGGAUGUAGGAGGCGGGAGCGGGAGCUGCUGCCCCAGGGAUUCCCAGCGUGGAGGAGCUGCUGCUGGUGAGACCAUGAGGACAGCAUCCCCCUGAGCGCCGGGCGAUGAGCCCGCAGGGGCAUCCCGGCAAGAUGCCGAGGCUAUGGGGUGGGUGCUGAAAUGAUGAAGGGCUACCAUGGGGAGUGUAGCCAGACACAGCCCUCCUCUGGCCACCGCUGCCGCUGCAUCCCCGAGAACUGCGAGCAUCCCGCCGACUGCAUCCCCGAGGGCCGGCCGCCCUACCUGCCCAGCCCCAGCGAGCCGUGUUCCCUGGAGCAUCCCUACUGCCCUGGCGCGGGCAGCGAGUGCCCGGGCGGGCCCCUGAGCGAGCCGCCCUCCGCCAGCGCCAGCAGCACCUUCCCGAGGAUGCAUCACGCGCAGCAGCAGCAGCCCUACGACUCCUGCGACGAAUGCAUGGCGACCGCCCACCCCGCCAGCAAGAUCAACCGCCUGCCCCCCACGCUGCUGGACCAGUUCGAGAAGCAGCUGCCGCUGCACCACGACGGCUUCCACACGCUGCAGUACCCCCGGGCCGGCGGCGCCGAGCCCCGCAGCGAGAGCCCCAGCCGCAUCCGCCACCUCGUCCACUCCGUCCAGAAGCUCUUCGCCAAGUCCCACUCCCUGGAGGCGCCGGCCAAGCGGGACUAGAACGGCGCCAAGAUGGACGGCCGCGGGGACGGCUACCACCACCACCACCACCACCACCACCAUCACCACCACCACCACCAGUCCCGCCACGGCAAGCGCAGCAAGAGCAAGGACCGUAAGGUGGACUCCCGGCACCGGUCCAAGAUGUUGGGCUGGUGGAGCUCCGACGACAACCUGGACAGCGACAGCAGCUACAUGGUGUCCGGCCGGCACGCCGCCGACCAGGGCACCCAGUACUGCGUGGACGCUCCCGAAAGUGCCUUCAGAGACUUGACCUUGAAGAGUCUAAAGGGCGGCGGGGAAGGAAAAUGCCUGGCCUGUGCCGGCAUGUCCAUGUCUCUGGACGGCCAGACGCUCAAGAGGAGUGCCUGGCACACCAUGACCGUCAGCCAGGCCCGCGAAGCCUAUCCCAGCGCUGGCGGCACCGAGAAGACCUUGAUGCUUCAGGAAGCAAAGGCCAAAGACCGAGCAUACCAGUACCUGCAGGUGCCGCAGGACGAGUGGAGCGGGUACCCGGCGGGCAAGGACGGGGAGAUCCCGUGUCGGCGGAUGCGCAGCGGCAGCUACAUCAAGGCCAUGGGCGACGAGGACAGCGCCGACUCGGACAUCAGCUCCAAAGUGCUGCCCAGGGCGGCCACGCGGCGAGACAGCUACCGCCGCUCCUCCAGCGCCGACCAGGCCAGGACCAACUGCUGCACGCCACCGCGAAUGCUCCCGCGGGGACAGAGCUACGGCCGUUCCUUCACCACCGGCCAGAUCAAUGAUGAGCUCAACCACCAGUUUGAGGCCGUCUGCGAGUCGGUGUUCGGCGAGGUGGAGUCGCAGGCCGUGGAGGCGCUGGACCUGCCCGGCUGCUUCCGCAUGCGGAGCCACAGCUACCUGCGGGCCAUCCAGGCAGGCUGCUCCCAGGACGAUGACUGUCUCUCACUCUUCUCCAUGUCGGCCCCUCCUGGGCCGCCCAUCACCAGCAGCAUCCUGAAGCCCAGCACUUCCUUCAGUUACAGAAAAGCUCCACCUCCCAUCCCUCCAGGAACCAAAGCCAAACCUCUCAUCUCCGUCACGGCGCAGAGCAGCACCGAGUCCACCCACGAGAGUUACCUGCCCAGCGAGGUCGCCCGCAGCCCCGCCUGGUCCAAAGAUGCCGCGGCCCGCUGCAACUCAGCCGAGAGCCUGGAGAGCUCCAAGGUGACGGCCGUGGCCCUCGACCUGCCCCCGGUCCAGCCCCGUGCCGCUCCCAAGCCCUCCACGCUCAUCAUCAAGGCCAUCCCAGGCCGGGAGGAGCUGCGGAGCUUGGCUCGCCAGAGGAAGUGGCGUCCCUCCAUCGGCGUGCAGGUUGAGGCCGUCUCUGACUCGGAUACAGAGAGCCGGAGCCAGAGGGAGUUCCACUCCAUCGGGGUGCAGGUGGAGGAGGACAAAAGGCGAGCGCGCUUCAAGCGCUCCAACAGCGUCACAGCGGGCGUGCAGGCGGACCUGGAGCUCGAGGGCUUCACCGGGCUGGCCGUGGCCACCGAGGACAAAGCCCUGCAGUUCGGGCGGCCCUUCCAGCGGCACUCCUCGGAGCCCGAGUCGGGCCGGCAGUACGCCGUGUACAAGACGGUGCACACGCAGGGGCAGUGGGCGUACCGCGAGGAUUACCAGCUGCAGUACGACACGGUGGAGGUGCCCCGGAGGGAUGCCUGGAUCGAGCGGGGCUCCCGCAGCCUCCCCGACUCCGGCCGCGCCUCCCCGUGCCACCGCGAUGGGGAGUGGUUCAUCAAACUGCUGCAGGCAGAGGUGGAGAAGAUGGAGGGCUGGUGCCAGCAGAUGGAGAGGGAGGCGGAGGACUAUGACCUGCCCGAGGAGAUCCUGGAGAAGAUCCGGAGCGCGGUGGGCAGUGCCCAGCUCCUCAUGUCCCAGAAGGUGCAGCAGUUCUACCGCCUCUGCCAGCAGAACAUGGAUCCCAACGCAUUCCCUGUGCCCACCUUCCAAGACCUGGCUGGCUUCUGGGACCUCCUGCAGCUCUCCAUUGAGGAUGUCAGCAUGAAGUUUGGGGAGCUCCAGCAGCUCAAGGCCAAUGGGUGGAAGAUCAUGGAGCCCAAGGAGGAGAAGAAGGUGCCUCCCCCGAUACCAAAGAAGCCGCCGCGCUCCAAGGUGCACCCGGUGAAGGAGCGCUCCCUGGACUCGGUGGACCGGCAGCGGCAGGAGGCCCGCAAGCGGCUCCUGGCAGCCAAGCGAGCCGCCUCCUUCCGCCAGAGCUCGGCCACUGAGAGCGCGGACAGCAUCGAGAUCUACAUCCCCGAGGCGCAGACCCGGCUGUGACCGCAGCCUCCGCUUUUCUACCCGGACUGGACGGCGCGGCCGUAGCUCACUGUGAUGGGGGGCCGCGGGGACACCCUGGGGCAGCUCUUGGCCCCACUCACAGCUUCUCUCUUUUCUAUCUUAGCCCUUUCGUGGAUCCGACGGCGGGCGAACGCAAAGCCCGGUUCUGCCCCGUCCCCUUGCCCCCCACUGCCCGCAUGCCCCUGCCAGCCUCUCCUGGGGUCCGGGGCUCUCCCUCCCUCCCUCUGCCCUCCCUGGGGCUGUGUCCCAGCUUUCUGUCCCCUUCCUACUCCCCAGCCUUUCUGCACAGCCGCCCCUGCAUCCCAACCCAAAGAGAGGUGACCUCCAGCCCCCGGCCCCGCCGGGCUGGAGGGGAGGGGGCUGCAGGCAGGCCCCCCAGCCUCUCUGUACUCAGUGCAAUCCCCUGGUGUGCGGUGGGACGGGCCCCCAGCCCCUGCCCGGCCGCAGCCCCCCAGCCCUGCCCUGCCGGCACGAGGCUUUGGGACGUGCUGGGGACAAAGGGGUCCCCUCGCUGCUCCCCCCGCCCGCGGCUCAGGUGCCGUGGGGACCCAGGGCUCCCUCCCCUAUAUACAUAUAUAAAUAUAACCCAAGGAAUAAACCAGAAACUACACGUGACCAGCGCUGUGUCCUGCCUGGUGGGACGGGCCAGAGCAGCAGAGGCCCCCCGGUCACGGCGAGCCGCCCCGCUUCCCUCGCACGGAGCAUCGCCACGCGCUUCUCCCCUUCCCGCUCAGCCCUCCUCCCCCUCAGCCCAUCCCUCAUCUGCCCGUCCUUCCCUCCUGCCAGCCUGGAGGCCAGGAGCACCUCUGCAAUGUGGCACUAGCCCGGGACAGGCAAUAGUCCCCCCCGUGCCUUGCUGCAGGGGGAGAUGCUCCUCAGUGAGCCCACCUGCAGUGACAGGAGCACGCUGGGCUUGGCACCGGUGGGUGGGACCGGAGGGCGGACAUGGACAGCAGCUGUCCCUUGAGUGUGGAGCUAGAGACCGCCUCAGGGGGACACCCCUUCCCCCUGAGCUCCUGGAGCCCUGUGGGGUGGGGCACCCCGGGAUAGGGCUGUCGCCUACCUGAUGCCUCUCAGGGCCAAGGGACACCCUGGGAUGUGGCUGUUCCCAGCUCCCCCAUCACUGUGCACAGAGCCAGGAACAGGGUGGAGAGCUCCCUCCAGGGCAGAGCAGCGUGGUGGGGCAGGAGGCUGCAUCUGCCUCAUCCCUGUCCUUAACCCCGUCCUCCAAACAUCCUGUCCCCCCCUCAGCGUCCCUUUUGGUGGCAGAGGGGGAAAGACCCCACCCCAGUUCCUCACUCUGCCGCGCCAGCAGCCCCACGCAGCAUCACCAGCCACCCCUCAGGGCAGGGCCAGUGGGUGCCAGGUAGCUCCCGAAAUCUGGGGCCAAACCUCCCGAAAUCUGGGGCCAAACCUCGCCCAGGCCCUCAGGCAGGGCGGUGGGGUCAGAGGCAGCUGGGGUCCCUCGCGCCUGGGGGUCCGUCGGUGCUAAACACCUCCGUGACGGCAGCACCCACUCAGCCACCCAAAGCCCUUCCCCUCCCCACUCCCCCUGCACCCCCAAUUUAGGGAUGUGCCUGGGAAGGGCCCCCGGCCCCCGCCCCGGCCAGCGCCGUGCAGUGACCGUGACACGUGGCUCCCUUUUUAUUGUAACGAACCGCCGCAAUUAAUAAAGAU